AUGACGCUGAGCAAGCUUGGUGUUGUCAGAAUUAUUGCUGAUAAUACUGCCAUUGCUGCUCAGCGAGUUGUAGUUGGUGGAGGGGUGAUGGUGAUCACCCCUCCACCAACCACAACUCAUCACAUGAAGGUGGCUUCAACUGGGCUAAGAGAUACUGGAGCUGUUGCAAGUGCUAGAGCGGCAAAAAUGUAUGGGCUUGACAUACUCGCUGAAAAGAUCCAGGCUGUUGAAAUGUUGUUAGUGGAUAAAGCAGUUCUUCCCAUCGAGAAUUCUAUUGGUGGAAGCAUUUACGGUCUCUACGACUUGCUCAUUUCCCAUAGGCUACACAUAGUCGGGGAGGUGAAAUUGCAAAUUAACCAUUGCCUUCUAGGACUGCCCGGCGUAACAAUGGAGGGGAUAGUAAGUGUUAAGAGCCAUCCUCAGGCUCUUGCUCAAUGUGAUAUGACGCUGAGCAAGCUUGGUGUUGUCAGAAUUAUUGCUGAUAAUACUGCCAUUGCUGCUCAGAAGGUGGCUUCAACUGGGCUAAGAGAUACUGGAGCUGUUGCAAGUGCUAGAGCGGCAAAAAUGUAUGGGCUUGACAUACUCGCUGAAAAGAUCCAGGAUGUUGACAAUAAUAUUACUCGUUUUCUGAUACUCUCAAGAGAACCUAUAAUUCCAGGAAUUUAUGACAGGCCCUAUAAGACAAGUAUUAUUUUUAUUCUAAAAGAAGGUCCUGGUGUGCUAUAUUUGUUAAUCCUAGUGUUUGCUCUCGGAAACUUUAAUUUAAUAAAGAUUCACAGACAUCCACAUAAUCAGCAUCAUUUGAUGGUUGAUGGUUCUAAUGAAGGAAGCAUCAAGUACAUGGAGAGAAUGUUUUACUUGGACUUUGAAGCUUCAAUGGCAGAGCCUCGUGCCCAACAGGCGCUACUACAUCUGCAGGAAUUCACAAGAUUUGUACGUGUCCUUGGUAGUUACCCAGUGGGCACAGUACAGAAGGCUCUCUUUGGAAGUUACUAG